GUUUUUCGAAAAAAUUCCUUAAAAAAUCCCAACUCAAAAUCUACACAUUAAUUAGAAAAUAAAUGGAAUCCAUGUUAUUUAUUAAAAAUAUUCAAAAUAAAGUAAAAAUUUUUACUAAAAAUUAAGAAAAUAUUUAAAUAAAUAUAUUUUAGUGCUAGUGUUACAGUUUUUGGUAAAAUUAAAAGUAACCGGGGCUUAGUCGAGUGUUUUUGGAAACAAAUUGUGUUUUUUGCAAAAAAAAUAUUAAAUAAAUUAAUAAUUUUCUUAAGUGCUGGCUUAAUAAAAAAAUUUUCACCACGGAGUCCUGGGAUUUACAUAGUAUGGACGUCAAUAUGGAUAUAUUACCAAGUGGGAAUAUUUUCAGCGAAUUGGAACGCAUCUGCACAACUGGAUAUUUUUCAUCACAACCCUCGAUUGAGGAUCAAUGGCAACAGACCUGCUACGAGUUAGAACGUUAUUUGCGUGAUGAGCCCAAAUUACAGUCCUAUAAAAAACUACACAGUGAAAUUGAUUCCUGGGAAAUAUUCUCAGCACCUGCACGCAUUCUAGAAGAACUUAAGAUUAAGGAACAAAAUUUGGACUCUAUCUCGACCACAUCAUCGGUUUCAUCACAAUGUUCGGGCAUGUCAUGGGACAGUACGGGUUCUCAGUCAUUAAGCUGUUCGGUGGUGGUUAAAAAAGAAAGACUGGACGAUGAGGAUGAUGAAGAGGCUCUCAGUUCGGAUAAUGGUGAGGAGAAAAUGAUAAUUGGUGGCAUACAUCACAGUACGGAAUCAUCACAAUCUGCGUUACAACAUGUUUUAAGUACAAGCCAUAUACUAACAACGACGACUGCUACGCCAACCACUACCACAACAACGGUUAUGCAACAAUGCCCGUUAACGGAAAAGGCCAUUAAACUCAGGGUAGUGGCGGCUAAAACUCCUACUGAUCAACAUCAUCAUCAUCAUCACCAUAGUCCUCAGCUUAUUAGUCACACUAAUAAUCAUGAUUAUGCUUUACCCACCCUAACACCGCCCUCAUCGCCUGAAUCUAUACGUACUAACAUCUCAUCCAGCAGUUGUCAUCAGCCACAACAGCAGCAGCAACAACAACAUCAAGCAACGGCCCAAAUUGAUGCCAAUGAAUUGGCUGCUCUGAUACAACAACAGCAUAAACAGCAGCAGCAACAACGUCUUGGCCAUCAACAGCAAAAUCAGCAACAAACCCAUGUGCCACCAACUACUACUGCCAUUUUACGUUUUCCCGCCGCUGUCGCUACUACAGCCACUGUAAGUCCCACUACUAGCAACACAGUUCCUCUGUUACAACAGCAACAACAACACCAGUCACAUAACGUACAACCAAUAACCACCACUCAACAGCAACAACAACAUCAACAGCAGCAGCAACAACAAAAACAGUCUCAGUCUCCAGCAAAUCAUGUUAGCACAGCUGUACCUCAUCAUUUGACUAUACAAACAGCUAGUACUGCUACCAAUACCGAUCCCCAAUCGGUUAACACCACCACUACACAUCAACUCAGCCAUACAACAAACAUUCCCCGCAGCACUAUUGUACGCUUGACCACUACAAAUGGCAAACAAAGUGGUGCCAUUAGUUUGGCCCGUGUCAUACAAAUGCAAAGCAACAAUAGUGGGAAUUUAUCAGUGGCCGCUGCUGCUCUACUCAAUACAGCUCAGGCGGCUGCCGCUGCAGCAGCAGCUGCUGCUAAUGGUGGCAAUGUUGUGGGGAAUACGACGAAUAAUUUGACAUCGGCUCAGAUCACUCAGAGGGGUACACAGCUACAGAAUCCUCAAGUCACCACACUGACCACAAAACCUCAUCAACGUCAACAACAGCAACAGCAGCAACAACAACAGCCAACCUCAGUACAGCAACAACAACCACAACAACAACAGCAAUUACAUGAACAACACAGUCCUGAUGCUAAGCGCCGGAUACACAAGUGUCAAUUUGUAGGCUGCAAAAAAGUCUAUACAAAAAGUUCACACUUAAAAGCUCAUCAACGGACACAUACCGGCGAAAAACCAUAUAAAUGCUCUUGGGAAGGUUGUGAAUGGCGUUUUGCGCGCAGCGAUGAACUGACACGUCACUAUCGCAAACACACUGGCGCCAAACCCUUUAAAUGCCGCAACUGUGAUCGUUGUUUCUCACGUUCCGAUCAUUUAGCGUUACACAUGAAACGUCAUAUGUAAAUCAAACUAUAGAAUGAGCAAAACAAACACCAGCCCGAGAUUAAAAGCGGUAGAGAGAAAAAAUCUUCCAACUGAAAUUUAAAUAAAUAAAUAAAUAAAUAAAUAAAUAUAUUUUAUUUAAUUAUUAAAAAAAAGCAGUGCAAAAUUCCUGGAAAUAAAAAUAAAAACUAUACUGUAAAACUCCUUACAAAAACGUAAUAUAUAAAUUAAGUUUCUUUAAGAGCAUUUAAGAGAAGUUGUAGUAUAUAUUUAAGAGCAAAAAAAAAUAAAUAAAUAAAAAAGAAUAUGUAAGUAAAGAGAAAUUUAGAAAAAAAAAAGGUUUUACACUAGGAGCGUUAUGUGCCAUCAUCAUCACACAUUUUUUUUGUAACAAAAAAAAUUUGAAUUAAAAAUAAUAAAUA